AUGCAAACGGCAGCCGAUGAUUUCAGAUCGCGUAUAGAAGGCCUAUUACACACCAGGAAACCAAAUAUGCCAUUCUACUCCUCUGUAACUGGAGCAAAGCACACGGACAUAUCCCAUUCAUACUGGGUAGAUAAUGUCGUGUCGCCCGUUUUGUUUAGCACAGCAGUUCAAUCAGUGCUAGAUGAUUUCAAAUCACCAGUCUUUGUCGAACUUGGCCCGCAUUCCGCCCUCGCUGGGCCGAUCCGCCAGAUACUGCAGCUUAAGAAGAGAACAGCUCAUUAUAUCCCGACAUUAGUGCGUAAUCAGGACGCAGUGUCUUCUGUUCUCAAGACAGCUGGUGAGCUUUGGCUAGCCGGUACGAACAUCGACGUUACGAUAGUCAACCCUCCAGGCGAGUUUCUGACAGACCUGCCAACAUACCCAUGGCACUAUGACAAGGAGUAUUGGCUCGAGAGUAGGCUUUCACGCAGUUGGCGUUUCAGGAAGUUCCCUCAUCACGAACUUCUUGGUUCUCGGGUCGAGGAAAUUUCGGACGCGUGCCCGGCCUGGAGAUGCAAUAUGCGCGUCGACGACGUCCCGUGGCUACGGGAUCAUGUCGUCAGAAACGAGAUUGUUUUCCCCGCAACGGGGUUCAUUUCAAUGAUCGGAGAGGCUUUGAGGCAGCUUACAGGGUCUGUUGAGUUUACCCUUAAUCAGGUUUCCUUCGAGUCCGCUUUGGUACUCAGCGGUGAGCCGGUCGAACUGGUGACGGUUCUUAACCCAGCAAAGCCUAGGGCCUUGGGCCAAGCGGUUUGCUACAAUUUUUCUAUAUCUUCACUAACCGAAGGGAGCGAAGUCUGGGUUAAGCAUGUUUUCGGCUUGUGCAGAGCGGGUUCGGGGCAGAAACGUCUCCCCCCAAGCAUGCCUACCCUACCACGCCAAGUCUCUGAAACUUCGUUCUAUAACAACUGGAAAAGAUUCGGCUUGAACUAUGGCACCACGUUCCGUGGUAUUUCCAGUAUCUACUCACACGUCACUGAAGCGAGAGCUGUUGCAACGCUCGAUCAUAAGCUCUCGACCUAUAGCAACGCAAUUUAUGCGGUUCAUCCAGCAACAUUAGACACGAGCAUGCAUGUGGCCAUGAUCGCUAGCUGCCAAGGUCUUGCUAGAAAUUUCAGGGAGUUGGUGGUGCCAACUUAUAUUCACGAGGUGUUCGUCGGAAAGGCUACUGGGUCCAUUCAAGUCAUCGCCAGCACUGAGACCCUAGACCAGGUUGCUCCUGUAACUAAGGUCGUUGGGGUCUGUGAGGGACGAACAGUCGUUGACAUCUCUGGGUUACAAGUCAACGCUCUUGAAAACAGCCCCAACAACGAAAAGGACGACUCCCACGCCGGUGUUGUCCUGGAGUGGAAGCCCGAUAUCGACUUCGUCAGCCCCUCGCAACUAUUGCGCAAGCGGCAGGCAGAUGCAAACGCCCAUGUGUUGGAUGGUUUGGUACUGGCCUGUAUCGUUGAUCUGAGGGCUCAGCUCCAGUUCCUCCCGGCUACAGAACCUCAUCUAGUUGAGUUCAAAAGCUGGCUUGACACUUCGUAUAGGGAGGCCAUGACCGGACAGUACCCCGAAGUUAUGAACGCAUUCGAAGUCGCGACAAUGAGCCACAAGACAAGGCAUGGAUUCAUAUCAAAACUGUUCGAGUUUUGUAGGGGCACUGCCCUCUCAGACAUUGCCCAUGCAGUCUGCCGCGCUCACAUAUUCAGCGCAGGUUGCUUUUCGGGCUCCUCGUACGCAAAGAAGACACUAACGCAGCCUGACCAUCUAACUGGAUGUCUCAAGUUCAUUGACGACGUGGACUUUUCAGAUUUUCUUCGACUCUUAGGACACAAGAAACCAAACAUGAGUAUUUUGCACAUCGAUCCCGCAGCAGAGACUGCCGAUGUAUCAUCAACGCUUUUCCCUCCAGGAGGCAAGCGUGCCUAUGGCACCUACACCUACACCGGCGUCCUCACCAAGCCAACAGUACUGAUGGAUAGGCGGUUCAAACCAGCACCAGAUGCCCACUACAAACAAUUAUUUAUUGAGGAGGACCCCAUUCCCCAGGGAUUUGCUGAGGAAUCUUUCGAUCUCAUUAUCUCUCAACGAACCAUAUCGUCUUUCUCAAUGUCCUCAAUAAUCAACAUGCGGAGGCUUCUGAAACCUCGAGGCCGCUUGAUUCUUCACUAUUCCAACCCUGUCUCCAAGGCUCUCCAGCUCGCUUUUGGUCUUGUUCCCGAAAUGGGUCUCGGAUCUGAGUCACAAUCAAGCCUGGGGGCCUUGCAGAAUCAGUUAAGUCGUGCCGGGUUCGACGACGCCUCGACUUUUACACUCACCGGAGAACAUGGCAAAGUCACUGUUGCCACGCCUUGCCAAUAUUUCUCAAAGCCUGUGAAAGCAAGCGUCGUCUGUCAAGACCCCGAACAUCCGGUUGUUUCUGACGCAGUGAAGCUAUUGCAGUCCCGAGGUUUUUCUCUACAGUACUUUUCUCCUGGAAAAGAGCUUCCUUGGGGUCAACCCAUCUUGUGGCUGUUGGACCUGGAAUCUCCCUUCUUUCACAACAUGGGCGCCACGCAAUGGAACGACUUGAAGAAAUCUCUAUUGUCAGCACAAGACGAGAAAAUGCUCUGGGUUACGGGUGCCUCUCAAAUCCACUGCGAAGCUCCGAAUUACUCUUUAACAUUGGGUGCCGCUCGCAGCGUGCGAAGAGAGUUGGCGAUGGACCUGGCUACCAUCGAGUUGGAGUCUUUUGACGCUCUUGGAUGGGGUGCUGUUGCCACUGUGCUCGAAUCCUUUGGAGGGCGCAUCGGCGGUGGUGAGGUUGAGCCAGAUUCUGAAUAUGUCUUCGCCAAUGGAUCAAUCCAGAUUUGUCGGUUUCACUCGACCAAGGUCAAGGAAGAAUUGAGCGAGCGGCGCGGCAACGUCCCGAAAAGCUUAAACAUCACUAAGCCUGGAGCCUUACAGACAUUGAGAUGGGAAGAAGCCGACCCUGUUGCUUUGAGUGGAGAUAACCUUCAAGUUGAGGUGAAAGCUGUUGGGCUCAACACUAAGGAUCUAAACGUUUCGCUGAGUACCACUUCAAGUGAUAGCAGAAUCUCUAACAUCUUUGGACUUGAGGGUAGUGGCAUUGUUACAGGUAUGGGACCUAAUGCCAACCAAUUUCGAAUCGGUGACCGGGUUGCCUUCAAUAACCGCGGCGCUCUAUCUACCUCAGUCAUAUUGCCAGAGUCAUUAUGUACAGAGAUCCCAGAUGCAGUGAGCUUCGAGGAUGCUGCCUCAACACCGUACUCGUUUGGCAUAGCUCUACAUGGACUGAUGGAACUUGGAAAAUUGAAAAAGGGCCAAUCCGUAUUGAUCCAUUCAGCUUCUGAUGCUCUUGGAUCCGCUGCAAUCCAGGUGGCUCGACUGAUUGGUGCCGAGAUUCUUUGUACGGUUGAGACUUCGGAACAGGCGAGGCAUCUCACAGAUCUGUAUGAGAUCCCCAAGGGCCUUAUAUUCAGCUGCAAGGACACUUCUUUCUUGGAAGAAAUCUUGAAGCUGAAGGGUGGGGUCGACAUUGUGUUCCACACCCUACCUGGAUUCAUCCAAGAGUCCUGGAAUUGUGUCUCACCACUUGGGACCAUGAUACACGUUGUCCAAGAUAAGGCCUGCAAAACAAACCAUCUUCAGAUAAACCAUAUAUGCGGUAAUCGAACUUUCGUAAGUAUAGAUUUUGAAGAUCUGAGGACUCAUCGUCCGCGAGAAUGCACCCGGCUCUUGGAACAAGCCUUCACACUCAACAAGUUUGGCUUGAACAAACCAGCCCCAACAAUUAGGACCUUCCCAGCUUCCGAUGUGGCGUUAGCAUUCCAACAUCUCCGAUCCGACAAACGCAUUGGGCGGGUUGUCGUAACCAUGCCUCACAAGAGCGGGGAGCUUCAAGCACGUCCCUUGCAAACACAAAUGGUUCUCCGUCCGGACAGAGCCUACAUCAUUGUUGGCGGUGUCGGAGGCUUGGGCCAAGCUACUGCUCGGUUUCUUGUUGAGAGGGGAGCUCGAAACCUAAUAUUCUUCUCGAGGUCGGCUGAGGAAAUCGCCAAAACUCAACCAGGAUACUUCAAGGAGCUCGAAUAUCUUGGUUGCAAGGUUCAAGUCAUUUCUGGCAGCGUUGAUGAAAUGGCUGAUGUGGUAAAGAUGGUGGACUCUUCGACGGCUCCGGUUGCUGGGGUCUUACACGCAGCUAUGGUUCUCCAGGACAUGAACUUCGCCGACAUGACUUUCGAGCAAUGGCGAGCCACAGUGUCCCCUAAGGUUCAGGGAACAUGGAAUCUCCACUACGCUCUUCAGGCGCAAAGGGAACCGCUUGACUUCUUCUUUCUCUUCAGUUCUCUGUCAGGACUUGGCGGUCAGAUUGGCCAGGCCAACUAUGCCGCCGGUAAUACUUUCUUGGACGCCUUCGUGCAAUACCGACAUUCUCAGGGUCUCGCAUGUUCUGUUCUUGAUAUCGGAAUCAUGGAAGACAUUGGCGUCCUUGCAAGAGAGAACAAUCGUUUGGAAGCCCUCCGCACAAUCUCACAACACUGCCUCCAUGAGCAGGAUUUGCUCGAUGCUAUGGAGUUGAUGAUUCAGCGGUCCGACGGCAGUCGUGAUAUAGGAAUGAAACAAGAGAGGGGCCUGGCCCAGGUCAACUUGCAAUCGGCAUGCGGCCGUCCCCUUCCGCCAACAGGACUGGGUGGCAGCGAGAUCCACGCACUUUGUGUCUUGCGAAUGCAACAUCUACCCGACAGCUUCAUGAUCAGCACGAGACGUGCAGUUCUUUGA